CCUAAAUUAUCUGUGGGCAUGGUUAUGUUGACAUGUUCCGCCUACUGGCGGUCCUCGGACUUCACACAGACAGUUGUGUGUUUAUAAAAAAAUGCUCUCUGAUGCGGCAACUCUCUCCGACUGCGCAUCAUCUACAUCAACUGUUCCAAGAGAACGAUUUUCAACUGCACACCCAUUUGUCUACACUGGCCGGCAUUCACACAAUCUACCACACCCUGCACAGGCUGAACCUGACGGAGGACGUUGGACAUAACGGUCACUCCACAGCCUGCUGCUCCAGAGCUAUGCCUCCUAGGAAAAAGAGGAGACCCACUGCUGGAGAUGACCUGUCAGCUAAGAAGAGUCGCCAGGACAGUGUUUUUAGAAAACAUGAGGCACCACAAAUCCGAGAGGAGGAGACCUUCUCCAGUAAAAGAUGUCUGGAGUGGUUCUACGAAUAUGCAGUCUGUGACGAUGUUGUGGGGCCAGAGGGAAUGGAGAAGUUCUGUGAAGACAUUGGAGUGGAACCCGAAAAUGUGGUGAUGCUGGUUCUGGCCUGGAAGUUAGAUGCUCAGAGUAUGGGCUACUUCACCCUACAGGAGUGGUUGAAAGGCAUGGGCUCCCUGCAGUGCGACUCCACAGAGAGGCUGAGGAACUCCCUGGACUACCUGAGGUCUGUCCUAAACAACACCAGCAACUUUAAGCUCAUUUACAGAUAUGCCUUCGACUUUGCUCGGGAAAAGGACCAGAGGAGUUUAGACCUGAACACUGCCAAGUGCAUGUUGGGGCUUCUCCUGGGAAAGACUUGGUCACUGUUUCCUGUGUUCAAUCAGUUUUUAGAGCAAUCCAAGUAUAAGGUCAUCAACAAAGACCAGUGGUGCAACGUUUUAGAGUUCAGCAGGACAAUCAACCUGGAACUCAGUAACUAUGACGAGGAUGGAGCCUGGCCAGUUUUGUUGGAUGAGUUUGUGGAAUGGUACAAAGAAAGAGAGAUGUCAUAGCAUCAGGUACACAAAUGUCAACAAAACAACAUAAUACGACGACGAUGGCUAUGAGAAAACAAACUAUACAAAAUGGAGAGGUGCGUGUCAGCGAUGACAGGUGGUGCUUCCAGGUAAUGAUUGCAGGGGGGUGUAAGAUACAAAACUGGGUGUAAACUGCCCUGGCGAGAUUGGGAUGUAGAUUACUUAUGGUCACUAUGGAGACGCCAACUAUGUCCGGGUAAUGUUCCCUACCCAUGUUGCAUUGUGGUUAAGCACAUGGCAGACCCUGUGGUGUUGCAUCCCCUCACUGUGUGCUGUGUGAUAGGAUAACUGUUCUCAUGAGUGGCUGACGUGGGCUAAAUGGUAAUUAGAGAAAAAUCCACUCUUCAACUCCUCGCUCCCGUGAGGAUUAAUUAAACAAACAAAAUCCCUCCCUUUUGAACAGUCGGUCUUCGUCUUAAAUCAAGGUCAUUUUGACCUGGGCACAUUUGAAUAUUGUAUAUCUGUGCUUUAAACUGGACCUGUGCUUGUCUCUUUAUAACCUACAGAACCCAUCGUUUCUAUCAGUUUUGUCAUAUAUUUGGGUUGAAUUGGAAUUCUUAAAGAAGUACAUUGUCAGGCUGAGUGUUACAGUAGUUGUUCUUUUAGCCAUGGUCCCUAAAGCUGUUACAGAUGGACGAGGACACCUCCACAGUUUACUAUAACUAAGUCAUUUGUGCCAGUGAUUUGAGCCCCCAGUGGUUUUCAUCCCCAUGCUCACUAUGAUACCACCAGCCUGUGCUAAAGUAUUUUAGCCCCCUGCGAAGGCUUCAGUUGACCUCAUACCACAACUAACCAAUCAGCAGUGCUGCCUAUAAACUCUUAUUACAGUGCAGUGGUCAGUUGUUAGUGGACUGUGCAGCAUUCAUGGUUUACUUGACCAAUCUAUGUUUCUAAGCUGUAGGUUUGUAUGUUUUUUUUAAACAUUUUUUCUGGAGUUUGCUUUACUUGCUCAACACACCG